AUGCAGUACACGGCCCUACUAUCGCGGAUGCCAUCGCAAGGUUCUUGUUUUUUUCUCAAUCAACGACACAAUCAUUUUGCAGUUUUAGGCAGUGGCCAAAUCCAAUUAUGGCAAUUUCUGCUGGAACUUCUGGCCGACGCGACUGUCAACGCUCAUUGUAUCGCUUGGGAAGGCGGCAACGGCGAAUUCAAACUCGUUGACCCAGACGAAGUGGCGCGAAAGUGGGGCGAACGUAAAAGGUUGCAAGAUUCUUGGAAGAUGAUCAUUUUGAUUUUAAUUCCAGCAAGCCAAAUAUGAAUUACGACAAGUUGAGCAGGGCCUUGAGAUACUACUAUGAUAAAAAUAUCAUGACGAAGGUGCGUUAUUAUGAAGAACUUUUUUCGAUUUUCUCAAAGUGAACAAUUUUUUUUGACAGUCAUUAUUAAUUUGCUAAGUCAUUUCUAUUUUUAGACUCCAAGUUUUUAGAGCAAUAUUUUUUUGUUCGCAAUAACAUUAUUUAGUGAUUUUUUUAUUUGUAUCCAAACGCACCUUAGCGAAUCUUCUGCCGCUUUAUUUGGAUAUUUCAAGCAAGAAAAUCAAAAAAGUCGUUUUUUUAGACCUUUUUCUGAAUAGGACCUUUUAAAGAAAUGUAAAACAUGAGGCGGCAAAAAGGUGGAAACAAGAAGAUUUUGAGAAACUUUUGACACCUUUUUAGGAACUCAAAAAGAAGAAUUUUUUUUUCAAGACCUUUCUGAGGUUUUUUUUUGCCUUCGUGACAAUUUUUAUAAAGUUCUCUAUUUAAUUUUGGAUUUUUGUUAUAGAACAAUUGGAAAGAAGUUUUUGACGAGUAUUUAUUUACAGAAAAAAACAAAAACGUUAUUUGAAUGGUCUUUCAAAGAAAAAAUUUCAAGGUUCACGGCAAGCGAUACGCUUACAAAUUCGAUUUCAACGGUCUCGCCCAGGCUUGCCAAAAUACAAUGGUCAGCGGUAGUGACCUCACGCAAGCCGUUCAACAAAUCCAUCCAGCCUACGGGGGCCGUCAGUUUUAAGCUUUUUGAUCUUUUGUUAAAACAAAUCCUUUAGUUUCAUCCCGUCUCAGCCCUGGAACAACUUAUCCGUUGUUGCCUAAGCAGGAGAUGCUUGCUCAGUCGCCCUCGGCAAACGUUCGUUUUUACAGACUUUUUUUGGUCAGAAAAUCUCUGAUAAUCCUCUUUUUGAUCUAAGCUUCCUCCUUUUUUUAAAAAGUGAAGUGCAUGAUGUUAUCGAGCACUUCGAAAAAUUGAAAUUUGGUAGCCGAUCAUAGUCAAUUCGUUAGAAUUCACGGAAACGCGAUGAUAACUCUUUCACCGCUGACUAAGCCUGAGACAUGAAAGUUUUGUAGAAGAGUAGCGAAAAAAUGUGUGAAAGAUAAUUUUCAUGAGGUUUUCAUGGAGUUUUAUUUCUGUCAUGACUCUGAAUGUAAGGCAACCACAGUUGUGAAGAAUUUAUAAAAAAUUUUUUUUUGCUUUUCCGUGUAAUAUAAAUUUUUCAUUGAUGUUGUUUCUCAAAUUAGUUUUCUUUUCAGAUGAGUGUCGGGUACUGGAACGCACACCAGCCUUACCUAUAUCCCACCGCAAUGUCGCCUUACUACAGUUCAAAGAAUGACGUUAACUAAUCAAACUUUUUCUAAUAAAAUUUUAUUCAUUUUUGCACCAAUAUUUUAAGACUUUAGUUGAACCAAACAGACGAUCAGAUUGAAAGUUAGAGUGGACAAAAAAACAUGAAAAAAAUUUUUUUAUUGUCUAGGAUCGCGGCUAAAGGAACAUCCACUCUUUAAGCUUAUGAAAUGAUGAUUAAUUAUUGUUUAUUAAAUAUUCCUUUUUUUGUUUCAAAGUACCCAAACUUCCGUUUAUAAACCAACGGAAUUCAAAUUCCUCCAAUGGAAAAGAAGUCAGGAUUCCCACGGAGAGAAAGUCUUAAAAACUUUCAACCCGCUCAACUUGCUUUUUCUUAAGCAAGGACAACUUGAAGUCAAAUAAUAAUUGCGUGAAUUGUUGAAAAAACAGGGUUUUUUUCUCAAGGCAAAAGGGUUUUAGCUGCUUGAAAUAUAUCAAAACAUCAAAAAAUGUCCUAGCUUUUUAUCAGUAAGUUUUAAGCUUGUCUACUUUUUGAGCGAAAAAUUUAGUUCUUAUUUUUCUGAACAGCGCUCAGUAGAAAAAAACUACACCAUAUUCACUAUUUCGAAGCAAAAAACUUCUGGUCAAAAACUUGGAGAAAGGCGUUAAGCUGAUGAAACCUGAAAGCUUAGUGUUAUCAAACUGCACGACACAACACAAACCAUAGGAACUUUGAGUUGCCAAAAAAGGGAACAGGGACAUGGGUCUCACAAUGACGACCAUGUGCUGUGCAGUGUUAUCAACGGUGAAACGACGACGAUGGGAGGAGAAUGGGGCGGAAUUGAUGACUAACGUGCCAUCGUCUAACCAGUCGGGCCGUCACCGCCUCGCCGUCGCCCAUUCUCCAAACGUUUCCCGCCAUGGGCGCAUGCUGCUCUCGCAAGUCCAAAAAGACGCAACAGGUAGGUAAAAUGUCGAAUCAAUCGGGCUUCCUUAUCAGGGGUGGACCAUGCUUAUCGCGCUCCGCUUCCGAUCUAACGUUUGGCCGGUCGUAAAAGCAAAAAUGCACCGUUGUGUACCUUGUUGUAGGUAAACAACACCUUGACAAAUAUGUGUAUGCUUUACCUCGGUUGAAACUUCCCUCACACCUUUUUUCUAUUCCAAGCUUUUUUUGGAAGUUGCUAACUUCAAUGUCAAGGCAUACUGAGUAUUUCAGCCAACACUUCGAUCAAACGAACAAAUUCAGAAGAACACAGGUUUUUUUGAAAAUUCUCCAAAAACUCUGUUCGUCUAAACAGGACAUCUUAGAAAAAUAAUGAUAAAAGCGUUUUUAUUGCUCAAAAAAAAGCUGAACACAAUUAAAAAACGAAGAAAUCUACUUUUUUGAUAAGUUUUUAGCUAUUUUCUUAUUCACAUGAACUUUAAGCCAGAAACUCAGUAAUUUUGUUUUAUGGAGCAUGUGAAUUGAGCCCUCUGUCAAAUAAACUAACUACCGCAAACUGAGAAAAAAGAUGUUUUCCAACCUGUUUCUCCUCCGGGCUUUUUCAAGUUUUUUUUGUUGACAUUACUGUUUCAAAAAAGUGUUUUCUAAACAGCAUGUAGGACACAUGUAGUUUUUUCAACUCUGUUUUUUUCUCUGAGAUUCUUUUCUGUGUCAUGUAAAAAAAGACAUUGAUUUUUUUGUUGUGUUCUAUAGUAAGCAGAAAGAGUGAAAUAAGACUUCCGUAAAUAGGCUCACAAAUUGAAUUUUUUUGCCUGAAUUUUCUUUUACAAUACCAGUAAAGAUUUUCAGAGAAAAUCUUUUCAUUCGAAAAGCAGAAAAUGGGUUUUGGGGAGUGUAUAGAGGGCGAUUAAAAAAAUUUAAUAGAGUAAUUUGAGUGUGGAGUUUAGAGUUUUUUUCAUGCCCAACUUCAUGGUUUAAAUGAAUAUUUAUAAAAAAAUUUUCGCGCGAACACUUGAGUGAUCCGAAGUCUCAUAUUAUCUUCAUAUGAUUUUAGACCUGUUUUUUUGUAAUGCAAAUUUAAAAAAAAUUUGUUUUUCAAAAUCGGAAAGUGAAUCAAAAUAGAGAGAUUUUGAGCGAAUUUAUUAAAGAUCUCAUACCUUCACGCAAAGAACCUUCUAAAGACCUUUCUUGAUUCUCAAAUAUCUUGUUGACUUCAACUCAAAGCGAGAAAACGUGCCGACCGACAGUUCGUGUUGACGGGAACGUUGUAAAGUCGCAUCGAUGACCGUUUUCGUCAAAUAACCAAUUCCAAUUCUUCUCUAGCUUUUUGGAAACACCGCGGAAGUUCUGUCGCUUCUCAUUAUCGACUGACAAGUUGCGAACGAAUGUUGAAGUUGUUCCCAAUAGUUGAUCGAUUCGACGCAAGUUUAGUGGCUGCGAUCUCAUCGAAAGGGAAAUUAUUGCGAGAUUUUUCCUUCUUGAGCGUACUCAAUUCUCUCAACACGGUAAUCAACAACACACCAAUUUUCCUUUUUUACCAAGAAGCGGAACAAAUCGCUAAUUGCAGUUCUGAGCAAACGAGCAACUGGCAAUUAUAAUCUAAAAAAUGUCCUGCUGGGACAAAAUUUUUCCCCAAAAAGCUCAAAUGACGAAUUGUAUUAUUUUCAUCUCGUUUCGAAGCGCAACAAAAGGAGAACAAAUAAAAACAUUCCUUCGAUGCAUACCAAUCUAAACUAAACAUUUUCCCGAAAUGAGUUGGAAAUGGAAAAUCUCUAAAAAAAAAAGUUAAUAAUUUUCGAGUUUGCAAGUCACAACUCAUCAAUUUUCCAGCACGACUUUGGAGAAAUUCGAGAAGAUGACCUGAAGGUUAUAUUUCGCGAGUUCGACAUAAAUGGCGAUGGAUUCAUCCAGCGAGUUUGUGAUUUGGAAAGCCUCCAUCUCAUAUUUUUCCCACUAUUUAGAACGAACUGAAGGCGGUUAUGCAGAAGAUGGGGCAGUCGCCGACUGAUGAGGAGCUCAACGCCAUGUUCAACUCCGCCGAUCGGGACAACGACGGCAACAUUGACUUCAGUGGUUCGUUUGUUGAAAUUUGAAGAAAAAUAAACGAAAUCCAAUUGUAGAGUUUAUCUUGAUUGCCCGCGCGAAUCCGCUGUCUCUUUCCUUGAAGGCCGUUUUCGAAGAACUCGAUGUCGAUGGAGAUGGCUGCAUUACUAGGUCAGAAUGUUUUGGUUGAAAAAUCUUUUUUGGGAGGUUGGGAUCGAAAUUCUACUCACUAUCGAGGGGAAUCUCAGGAUCAUAAUGAGAUUUUAGGUAUCAGACCAGAGGACUUAAUACUUGACAAACUUCUCGUUUUUCAAAAUUAAAGUUCUGAAGAACAUAUUAUAACCAACACGUUCCACAUUUCGCAACUGGUUCGAUAAUUGCAUGGCCUAGAAAUAAGAAUGGUGAUCUCGAUUUCCCUCUUAAUCGGAAGGUAUUUAGAGAAAACUUCCAAAGUCAAAUGAUCUCUCCUAUUAGUCAAGCCGUUUCUCGGAAAAAAUGAUAACUCUCUCGUUUCAGGUCAGAACUACGCACGGCCUUCCAACGGAUGGGACAUGCUCUGACCGAUCAAGACAUCAAGGCGAUCUACAAACACGUCGACGUCAACAAUGAUGGCAAAAUCAACUUCCAAGGUUGCUUUUUUUCAGAGAAACUGUGAUGAAUGGUUAUGUGGCAAAGGCCUGCCGGCGAAAUUAUGGAAAAAAAAUUUGGCAGAAAUAGAUAAGAUUUUGAAAUCGAAAAGUUCUUGAAAGGUUUGGAAAUUCUUAGAGGCUCAAAAAAAAUGUUCAUCUUCUCAUUUUUUGCGUGAUAAUGUAGGUAUGAUCCCGCCUUUUUUUAUCAAACUUCCUAGCAUCUAAAAAUUUCUGGAAUGCAGAGACUUUUUCUUUUUUUAAAAAAAUACUCAAUUUUUAUAAGUUUCGAUGUUUUCAGAGUUCUGCGAGAUGAUGACUCGAAGAAAGUGA